AGGGAAAAAGGAUUCAGGAAAGUCAGUGAACAUUUCUUUCACCGUCAUAGCGAGCAACUAAAACCUCACCCUUCUGCCAGUCGACGUUCGUCAAGGUCAGAUGGCCUCAGUUUUCACGUGACUUACUUUCCUUCACGGAAUCUGGAUAUGGUAACUCCCAGUUUUCUGUGGAAUUUUGUUAAGAACUCUGUGACGGGCGGAUUGAUAGCUCUUACCAUUUCGGACAGAUAUACAAGUUUUGUGUCUGUGCGAGGCCUCUCCAUGCAUCCCACGUUCAAUCCGGGCACAACCUCCUUUCUAGGAUCAUUGACACGUGACCGUGUUUUGGUGGAUAAGUUUUGCCUUCAAAAGUACAAAUUUUCACAUGGUGACGUGAUAAUCUUUCGGUCCCUUAGUAAUCAUAAGGAGAAACACAUAAAGAGAAUAAUUGCUUUGCCUGGUGACUGGAUCAGAAUCCCUCAGUCAUAUGACGCGCUGAAAAUUCCAGAGGGGCAUUGCUGGGUGGAGGGAGACAACUCAGCUUCAAGCUUGGAUUCAAGAUCUUUUGGCCCAAUUCCUUUAGGUCUGGUUGAAGGAAGGGUGACCCAUAUAAUCUGGCCUCCUCAACGAGUAGGUGAAGUAGAGAGAAUCAUUCCUCAAGGGAGACUUUCAUCCUACUGAUUCUGUUUCCAGUAGCAGAUUCGUUUUUUCCUGGAAAACCCUGUCCCUU